GUUUUAAAGAAGAAGAAGCAGAUUUAAAAAAAUUUCAAAUUGGAUUAUCAAUUUUAGCCUAGAAGGAGUUGUAGUUUUUUUCUUACAAAAUGUCCGCCAAUAACGCAACUCCCACAUCUUCCAACAGUUUGGGCUCCAACUCACCGAGUGUCACCUCUAGUGGUACCGAUGAUAUACAAUACUUGCUUUAUUUGGAGGCUCUGCGACGAUUUCGAGAUGACGAGACCAACAUUAAGCGCCAAGUAGACGAAAAGAACAGGCAGUAUUUGGAAGCGAAAGAAGAAUAUUUACAGUUAUAUUCCAAAUAUGUGAAAUUGACGACAUUAGCAGCCACCCGCUGUGCCUUGUUAACCGAUAACCAUUUGCCCAGCGCUAAAAUUUCAGAAGCUGAUAAGGAAAUAGCGGCUAUUGCUCAUAAACUGUCCAGUGGUGAUGUUAUAGAAACAAUCAACGCGUCGGAGGUUGAAGAAUGCAAAACAAAGCUCGCCGCUUGCGAAAAACAUGAUAAUUUAAAAAAAUUGUGCGAUGAGUUGGCAGAAAGUAAAGCGACCGUGCGCGCAGUACAAUCAUCAACAGAAACUGUGGAAGCUACAAUAGAAACCGCCACACUACAAAGCCUCGACUAUUUUGUCGAAGAAGUUGGACGCAGGAAUUAGCCGUGCUGAUUUGGACUGUAUGAUUGGUGGAAGGAUGGCAUAUCUACAAACACGUACGCGAUUCAAUCAUAGUUUCUUUCAUUUUCAGCGG